AUGUUGUAUAUACUGAACACUAUAGAUGCCAACAGAUGCGCCGUGAGACAGAUUCUCGACGCAAUGUUCGCGGAUAUCGUUGAAACAGAUGGGAUCCUGGACUCCCAGAUAGACACUGAUACACAAUGCUUCCUUGUCCACGUUCUCUCAGACAUCGACCCAGAAGACACCUUCUUCUCUCAAUACCAACAACUACCUCCCCGUGCAGCCGACAUGAGUCUCGACGACGGACUAAGCUUCGCAUCCACCUGGCUCCAAAAGUCCCUAGGUAUGAUAAAGAUCGGAUACGAGUCCGGAGAGGCAAGACUGCAGAUGCCAUUCGCCGUGCUUGAAACCAACUAUCAUACCGCCUGUGUGCGAGCCUCCGCAUUAAAACGGAAACCCCCCCACGAAAAAGCAGUAAUCAUUACUCUGGACUUCCUGGCUCUGAAGAACGUAAAGCUUGUGGCUUCGGCUGAGCACGCCUUUGACUUCCUCAGGGUUUCGAAAGAGAGUUUGGCCACUGGAGACAGACUGCUGUUGUGGGCAGAGAACGACAAUGAUGGUCGGCCUGCCGAGGCCCUGCUCGAAGCGGUGCUGACCAUCGUUGAGUGGGAUGAGAGGGACGACGAGGAAGAGGUGGAAGAUACUGGGGAAGCCGCCAGCUAUGCCAUCAAGACGGAAACAUACCCAGAGGAAGGUACUGGCAAAACCGUCCCAACUGGCCUCGCAGGCCCUUCGGGGAAGAAGGACUCGGUGAUUACCAAACGUGCUCUUUUUGAAGGGCGUUCAAAGACUGACAGUUUGUAUGCGGAUAACCUCUCGACACUUGGUUGA